AAUAUGUUUACGUGGUUACCUUUAUUUUGAUGACAACACGGCAGAUUGGUUUGGUGCUGGCAAAGACGGGUUCGGUUCAAGUAUCUGGCUGCCAGUAAAAAUGAAUUAAGCUAGCGAAAUCUAGAAGAUCGACCAGCCCGCGCCGCACAACUGUGCACACAAGACGACCGCCGAGCAGGAAGCGUUGAGGUUGUGAGGUAAUUCGCGAUUCAAAAAGCUGUCGCCGCCGCACGCAGAUAAAGAUUCUCGCGUACCCGGCCAGAAACGAAGUGGGAAUCACGGAAUCAGCUGGAGCGCGCCUAUAGGCCCCCGAUAAUACCACAUUCAUAUCCGGCAAGAUGAUACCGCUGUCGCACAAGGACCGGAGUAGUUUCGGCUACAGGGUCCGGGAGAAGCUCAACAGCUGGAAGAGACUCAUCUUUUCCGACCGCAACUCCCGGAAUCUUUUCCUCUUCUUGCUGCUUAAUCUGAGCUUCGCCUUCGUUGAACUCUUCUACGGUAUCGCGACGAACAGUUUAGGUCUGAUCUCCGACUCGUUUCACAUGUUCUUCGACUGUACUGGACUCUUGGCGGGAUUGGCCGCCUCGGUUAUCACCAAGUGGAAGGCCAACGACAAGUAUUCGUACGGUUAUGUGCGGGCUGAGGUGCUGGCCGGGUUUGUCAACAGCCUGUUCCUGCUGUUCAUAGCCUUCUUCAUCCUGUCAGAGGGCGUGGAGCGGCUAAUUGAGCCGCCGGAAGUCAAGCAUGAGCGGCUGUUUGUAGUCUCCGUGCUGGGGCUGCUGGUGAAUCUGGUGGGAAUCUAUGCCUUCAAUCACGGCGGGCACGGCCACUCGCAUGGAGGCGGUGGUCACGGGCACUCCCACGGUGGAGGCCAUGGACACUCGCACAGCCACAACGACGCCGACAACCACAAUCACCAGGCCAUCACCUUGGACAAUGGUCAUGGGCACUCACACGAUCACAACAGCCAUGGCCACUCGCAUGGAGAUAUGUCGGGCAGCAACUCGCAGAUCAUGCGAGGCGUUUUCCUGCACAUCCUGGCCGAUACCUUGGGCUCGGUGGGCGUAAUUAUCUCGGCAGUGCUAAUGCACAUGUUCGGCUGGAUGAUUGCGGACCCAAUCUGCUCCAUCUUCAUCGCCCUGCUGAUAGCGCUCAGUGUGCUGGGCCUAAUCAAGGAGUCGAUAAUGAUCCUGAUGCAGCGCCAGCCGACCGACCUGGACAGAUCGCUGCCGCAGUGCUACCAGAAGGUCACGGGAUUGGCCGGUGUCUAUGCGGUGCAGGAGCCGCACUUCUGGACCCUCUGCUCCGAUGUUUAUGUGGGAGCCCUCAAGUUGGAGGUGUCCAAGAAUGUCGACCCCAAGUACGUGGUCACGCACACGCGGAUGAUCUUUGAGGCGGUGGGCGUGAAGCAGAUCUACAUACAACUGGAUUAUGUUUGAUUCAGAUGGGAUCCGCCCACCGGCGUCCUUGUACAAUGAUGUGUAUAUUUGGCCACUCGUGUUGCAUGUUUAUGUGCAGUGCGAAAGAGCGUCGAUGUUAUCAAACAUUAUUUUAAAAUUUUAGUUUACUUCGGCGCCACAACUUCCCCAUCACUUCCAAAAAUCCCCUCCAAAAGCUAAGUAAAACAAAAUGUUUAAUCUUCAGUUGUACUAGUAAUUUUGCGAAUUUUGUUAACUUAUUAACGUUUGUAUUUGUUGAAAUGCGUUCAGCAUUCAUUCCAUUCUAUACAUACUGAAAGCAUAACAUAACGUAUGCGAUAGUCGAUAUCGAGGAGCAUUAGUGUAAUUGUAAGCUAAGCGAAUGAAAUUGUGCAAGAGUAAAUAUAUAUAUUUAAAGUUUUUUUUAAAAUUCAGAAAGAACAAAACCCGAAACAUGCAUACCUACAAAUAGCAUAUAUUUCAAUUUGACUGACAUUUCCACGGACAUUCCGCUGUGCGGUGGAAGUGCAUUAAGAGAACCGUUUUUGCCACAGUUUGAAGUAUCAAAAUUAUGAACGAAAUAAAAUUUAAUUUGUUAUUAGCAUUUUUAUACGUAAACAGAAUUAAAACGAGUUUUAAUUCUGGUUGGGGUGAUAUUAGUGUAUAAUUUCCAUCAGUUGUUUGUGGGGUCUAAUACAAAUUUAAAAUUACUUUCUGCUUAAUUAAAAGUAGCACAACCUAUUUGGUUUGAUUAAAAGAUAAUUGUGCCCGUUAUUUAAUAUAGUAAAGUACCGUAUUCUAGCCCUAAUUGGUGUUUUUCUUUUCAUAAUAAUUUGUGAAAAGUAUUUUAUCAACUGCCAGCUAGUUUAUAACAAAAUACUAAGCCCUUUAACAACAUUUUAAUGAUUGUCAUAAAAAUGCUUUACAUAAAAUAACGUUUUAAUGGCAAAUCAAAUUAUUAUUUUUUCUUGGGAUCUAAUAUAAAUUGUUAACAAAAUCCGUUUUAACUCAAAAUGUGGUCUUCUAUCUAUUUUUUUAAAAGUCAAAAUAAGUGCAUGGUUAUUUACUUUUCUUAUUGAUUCAAGCUACUUGAAUUUAAUUUGCGUAUGUAUUUUAGGGUUU